GCCAGUCGGAAAGGGACGGGGAGGGCGGGGCCUGCGCGGGGGGCGGGGCCUAGCGGUGGACGGGGGCGGGGGAGGCGCAAAGGGCGCGCUCCGGAGCCACGUGACCGGGACGCGCCGUUCUUCCGUCGGCCAUUUUAGGUGGUCCGCGGCGGCGCCAUUAAAGCGAGGAGGAGGCGAGAGUGGCCGCCGCUGCUACUUCAUUCUUUUUUUUUUCAGUGCAGCCGGGGAGAGCGAGAGAGCGCGCUGCGCGAGAGUGGGAGGCGAGGGGGGCAGGCCGGGGAGAGGCGCAGGAGCCCUUGCAGCCACGCGCGCGCCUUGUCUAGGGUGCCUCGCGAGGUAGAGCGGGCAUCGCGCGGCGGCGGCGGGGAUUACUUUGCUGCUAGUUUCGGUUCGCGGCGGCGGCGGCGUCGGCGGGUGUCGUCUUCGGCGGCGGCAGUAGCACUAUGUCGGAGGAGCAGUUCGGAGGGGACGGGGCGGCGGCGGCGGCAACGGCGGCGGUAGGCGGCUCGGCGGGCGAGCAGGAGGGAGCCAUGGUGGCGGCGGCGGCGCAGGGGCCGGCGGCGGCGGCGGGAAGCGGGAGCGGCGGCGGCGGCUCUGCGGCCGGAGGCACCGAAGGAGGCAGCGCCGAGGCAGAGGGAGCCAAGAUCGACGCCAGUAAGAACGAGGAGGAUGAAGGCCAUUCAAACUCCUCCCCACGACACACUGAAGCAGCGGCGGCACAGCGGGAAGAAUGGAAAAUGUUUAUAGGAGGCCUUAGCUGGGACACCACAAAGAAAGAUCUGAAGGACUACUUUUCCAAAUUUGGUGAAGUUGUAGACUGCACUCUGAAGUUAGAUCCUAUCACAGGGCGAUCAAGGGGUUUUGGCUUUGUGCUAUUUAAAGAGUCGGAGAGUGUAGAUAAGGUCAUGGAUCAGAAAGAACAUAAAUUGAAUGGGAAAGUCAUUGAUCCUAAAAGGGCCAAAGCCAUGAAAACAAAAGAGCCUGUCAAAAAAAUUUUUGUUGGUGGCCUUUCUCCAGACACACCUGAAGAAAAAAUAAGAGAGUACUUUGGUGGUUUUGGUGAGGUUGAAUCCAUAGAGCUCCCUAUGGACAACAAGACCAAUAAGAGGCGUGGGUUCUGUUUUAUUACCUUUAAGGAAGAGGAGCCAGUGAAGAAGAUAAUGGAAAAGAAAUACCACAAUGUUGGUCUUAGUAAAUGUGAAAUAAAAGUAGCCAUGUCAAAGGAACAGUAUCAGCAGCAGCAGCAGUGGGGAUCUAGAGGAGGGUUUGCAGGCAGAGCUCGCGGAAGAGGUGGAGGCCCCAGUCAAAACUGGAACCAGGGAUAUAGUAACUAUUGGAAUCAAGGCUAUGGCAACUAUGGAUAUAACAGCCAAGGUUACGGAGGUUAUGGAGGAUAUGACUACACUGGUUACAACAACUACUAUGGAUAUGGUGAUUAUAGCAAUCAGCAGAGUGGUUAUGGGAAAGUAUCCAGGCGAGGUGGACAUCAAAAUAGCUACAAACCAUACUAAAUUAUUCCAUUUGCAACUUAUCCCCAACAGCGGGAACUUCAUUGCAGGCCCUGUGUCGCGCUGACUUCACGAUUCUCACAGGCCCGCUCAAUGCGGACAGGGUACGAGAUGCUCACGCUCUCGAAUGCUGCCGUUUGGUAUGGUCUCUUCCAACAUCCUGUAUCAGCAUUAUAAAAUAAAGUGGAUACUUCAAGCUUUGCCUUCACUUAUUUCUUUGCUUUUUAAAAACUAUUUGUAAUGUAAUUUUAAUGCAUUUUUUACAGGCCCAGUAAUGGUUAAAUACGUCAGCUUACUGAAUAAUUUUAACUAUUUAUUCUUCUAAGGAUACAGCUUGUCUCUGGAUUUUCCAGUCUUAAUUUAUAUUUUAUUAAUCUAUUUUAAUGCUUGCUUUUCCCAUUUAUAGACGUUGUAGCAGUAAUUGCAAGAAGUUCUUGAGCUGAAUUCCUGUUGUGACAACUGCCUAUGUAUCUAUUGAUUACUUACAAUAAGAUAACUUUUUCUUCUAGUCAUAGAUAACUCUUCUAUAACUUGUGAUGAACAAGAGAUAUGCUGAUCCAGUAAAAUAAGUUAAAUAAUAGAUGCUCUUGGGUCAAAAUGUCCUUUUAUCAAAAAUUGACUGGCCUUUUAUGAGUUCUUUAGGUAAUACUUUUUGAAAAUCUUUUUGUAAUUUUAAAGAAUUUUGAUGAGAGCAUAUCACAUCUUAAACCAGUGGUGCACAUGUGGAUUUACAGCUCAUGGACUCUACUGUUCAGCUUUAAUUUAUAAAGCAUACCCACACAUUUAAUGUUAUAUACAGUAUUUACAUGUAGUGAAACAUAGGGAUAAUUCAGUUUUAUGUAAGUUUUUGCUUAAGUAUCAUGGCCUGCCCCGAGUGACUUUGUCCCUUUUUCUUUGUCUCCAGGUGGUGAAGCAGUAUUUUCCAAUUUGAAGAUUCAUUUGAAGGUGGCUCCUGCCACCUGCUAAUAGCAGUUCAAACUAAAUUUUUUCUAUCAAGUUCCUGAAUGGAAGUAUGACGUUGGGUCCCUCUGAAGUUUAAUUCUGAGUUCUCAUUAAAAGAAUUUGCUUUCAUUGUUUUAUUUCUUAAUUGCUAUGCUUCAGUAUCAAUUUGUGUUUUAUGCCCCCCCUCCCCCCCAGUAUUGUAGAGCAAGUCUUGUGUUAAAAAAAGCCCAGUGUGACAGUGUCAUGAUGUAGUAGUGUCUUACUGGUUUUUUAAUAAAUCCUUUUGUAUAAAAAUGUAUUGGCUCUUUUAUCAUCAGAAUAGGAGGAAGUGAAAUACUACAAAUGUUUGUCUUGGAUUCAAGUCACUAGAAGCAUAAAUUUGAGGGGAUAAAAACAACGGUAAACUUUGUCUGAAAGAGGGCAUGGUUAAAAAUGUAGUGAAUUUUAAAUGUUUUUAGCAAAAUUUGAUUUUGCCCAAGAAUCCCUGUCUGAAUUGGAAAUGACUUAAUGUAGUCAAUGUGCUUGUUGGUUGUCUUAAUAUUACUUCUGUAGCCAUUAAGUUUUAUGAGUAACUUCCCAAAUACCCACGUUUUUCUUUAUAUGUAUUGUGCUUUUUAAAAACAAAUCUGGAAAAAUGGGCAAGAACAUUUGCAGACAAUUGUUUUUAAGCUUCCAUUAAAUAAAAAAAAUGUGGACUUAAGGAAAUCUAUUAAUUUAAAUAGAACUGCAGCUAGUUUAGAGAGUAUUUUUUUCUUAAAGCUUUGGUGUAAUUAGGGAAGAUUUUAAAAAAUGCAUAGUGUUUAUUUGUAUGUGUGCUCUUUUUUUAAGUCAAUUUUUGGGGGGUUGGUCUGUUAACUGAGUCUAGGAUUUAAAGGUAAGAUGUUCCUAGAAAUCUUGUCAUCCCAAAGGGGCGGGCGCUAAGGUGAAACUUCAGGGUUCAGUCAGGGUCACUGCUUUAUGUGUGAAAUCACUCAAAUUGGUAAGUCUCUUAUGUUAGCAUUCAGGACAUUGAUUUCAACUUGGAUGGACAAUUUAUAGUUACUACUGAAUUGUGUGUUAAUGUGUUCAGUCCUGGUAAGUUUUCAGUUUGAUCAGUUAGUUGGAAGCAGACUUGAAGAGCUGUUAGUCACGUGAGCCAUGGGUGCAGUCGAUCUGUGGUCAGAUGCCUGAGUCUGUGAUAGUGAAUUGUGUCUAAAGACAUUUUAAUGAUAAAAGUCAGUGCUGUAAAGUUGAAAGUUCAUGAGAGACAUACAAUGAGGGCUGCAGCCCAUUUUUAAAAACAUUAUAAUACAAAAGUAUGCACAUUUGUUUACAUAUCCCUGCCUUUGUAUUACAGUGGCAGGUUUGUGUACUUAAACUGGGAAAGCCUCAGAUCUAUGAUUACCUGGCCUAUCAUAGAAAGUGUCUAAAUAAAUCACUCUGUCAAUUGAAUACAUUAGUAUUAGCUAGCAUACUUCAUUAUGCCUGUUUUCCAUAAAUACCACACCAAAAACUUGCUUGGGGCAGUUUGAGCCUAGUUCAUGAGCUGCUAUCAGAUUGGUCUUGAUCCUAUAUAAUAGGCCAAAUGUCUGUAAACAGCUGUGCUGGUGGAAUGUAGAAAGUCACUGCACUCAGAUUCAACUUCCUGAUUGGAAGUCAUCACAGUGUGAUUAAACAUUUUCACAAAGAAUAGUAGAUAAAUAACUUGGUUUUUAAUGUUAACUUUGUUUCCAUUAAGUCACAUUUAAAAACUUAUCCUCACGCCUACCUGAGUUAAUUAUCUGUUGACCUAGAUAUCUUUCUGGCCACUCACUGACUUAUUUCUUGAACUUUUGCCAUUUGCAUAAAUCUUGUCAGCUUUGUUCUUGAUUAUGCAUUGUCCAGGCUGAGCUAGUUGUCUUUCCAGGAAUCCCUUUGUCUCUGAAUUAGGUCCUUUGUUUCCUAAAUCAUCCUGCUUGUUUGGCACAAGUCUUCCCAGGCCAGUGAGACCUCCGUGUCCUCUCAGCACCAUAGGGGUAGGUAACCCUGGUUAGGCUGGACAGGGGUUUGCUGAGGGAGUUUGUUCAUUUGAAUCUAGGUCUUACAUGACGUCUUUCAAAUAGGGUUUUUACCUUGACACUAAACUGUCCAGUCUAAGCAGUUCUGCAAAAUGUGAGGGAAUUAUGAACUUCUUCCUGCAGUGGGUUUUUAUGGUUUUGGUUUGUUUUUUGUUGUUUUGGUUCUUUGUUGAGCCCUGGACAAAAACUUCCCUAGUUCUGGUUUCUACAAUUUAAAUUAAAAACAGAAUUCAUCUUAGAAUUUUUCACCCUCUUCCCCAACUAUUCUAAUCAAUCUUAAGUAUGCCCUUCAUCUUUUUUCCUUCCUAAGGCUUUUACUGAUAGUGUAAUUCCGUACUCUUCAACCCUGGGAAGGCUGAAGUGGAUUCUUGAGCUCAUUUCAAGGCUGACCUGGGUGUUGGCAAGAACCCAGCUUAGAACAAACACAUGCAAGGCCAUCUUACCUUACAUCCUGUUGCUUGGACUUCUUCCUGCUCAAAGUUUUUAGUGGAUGCUAAGUGAUCUUUGCUUCCACUGAGGAGUGGAACACUUUAGAAUGAACCUCUAGAUAGAUAUUUUUAUUGUCUGGUGAGGGUUACUGGAGUUUCCCACCCUGCCUGAAGGGUGAAUCUGGCUUACAGUGUUCUCAUCUCAAAGGGAAGAAGGCAGAUGGCUGUGUCCAGAGAGAGCCAUCACAGUUUGCUUCAGAGACACUAGAAUGGGCUGGAAGAUCUAGUGGUCUUAAUCAGACUUGAAACCUGGCCUUUCUUCAUUACCCAUAUGUCUACCAGUACUUGGGCUAACACUUAAGCCAUUAGGGCCUUUGUAGGGGUGUUUUGAGACCCCCUCCAUGCUAACAAAUAUACAGGUUUCUUAACAUUUGCUCAUAAACUUGUAAAGCUUACUUUCUCUUAAUCCACCCCACAUUUAACAAGCCCUGGUACUUAGAAUUUCAGAAGAGUAAUGGCAGGUAGGUGUGUGUGUGUGUGUGUGUGUGUGUGUGUGUGUGUGUGUGUGAGAGAGAGAGAGAGAGAGAGAGAGAGAGAGAGAGAGAGAGAGAGAGAGAGAGAGAAGUUUGUGGAAAAUCAGGUAAUGACAGCUCAUCCUUUUAGAAUUGUACUUCAGAAUAGAAACAUUUGGUGGGCUGUUAGGUAGCUUUGAUUACUUGUGGGUAGACCUGCUAGUAUUGCCAGUCCUCAAGCAAUGAGCUUUCUGUAUCUUGUUUACUAGAUAUAUACUACCAGGUGAGUCAUUUCCUGGGGUUCUGUUUUCUUUUAAAAUCUUUCCCUAAACUUAAUAUGUAUUAAAAAGUCUGGCUUUUCAGUCCAUUCUUUGUGCACUGGGAUGGCAAUUGCUUCAUUAUAUGACAAUUGCUGUUCCCAAGUCAGAAUUCAGUGUGCUGAUUUGACAUCAGUUCGUCCCGAAUAAGUUCCUGUUACCAGGAUUUACAUUCAGCACAUUAGAAACUUGUUGGUGUGCUUUUAUUCUUGGAGCAUUUUCCUUAGACUACCUUCCACUUUGAGUGCUCUGUUUAGGAUGUUGAGGUGUUAGGAUUCUUGACAGCCAGAAAGACUGAACCCACUAUCUGGGCACAGUGUUCGUGUUGCUCUAUAAAUGUAUGCUUUUUUUGAUUUGGGGUUGUUUUACCUACAUUGUCAAACUAGAUCCAUGCUUAACAGUGAUAAUGAAGGCUUUUUGUUUGUUUUGUUUGUGGGUCCUCCCCCCCCCCCCAAGACAGGGUUUCUCUGUAGGCUGUCCUAGAACUUGUUCUUUUUUAACCAAAAUUUGGCAAGGCUGAAAAUGGAAUCCUAUAAUCAAUGCUGGCCACAUUAAAGUUAAUAGUUGAGAAGUCUUGUCUGAAUUUCCUUGGGCAAAAAGAUUCUAGCCAGUUCAAUACCCUGUUGUGCAAAUUCAAUUUGCUGUUAUAAUUUGCUCUCAGUUAUCAGUUGGAAGGAGGUUAAUUCUAAUGUACUUGGAAGAGGCCUGUAGACCAUCUAUAACUGCAUCAGUUGUACAGCGUUGUUGCCUGGGAUUCUCUAGUUCACAUAAACUCCCAAGUCUUAGCCGUGGUGAUGGCUACAGUGUGGAAGAUGGUGAGCAUUCUAGUGAGUAUCGCGAUGACGGCAGUAAAGAGCAGCAGGCAGCCGUGGCUGGGCUCACUGACCGUGGCUGUAAGUUACGGAGGCAGCACACACUUCUGUACACACCUCUCAUCAGUUACCGGAGUCAUUGCAUUGCGGACUAACUGGCUGACUCAAGUUGUCUUGCUACUGAAGUCUUGAGUUGGUCUCAUGCAUUUACCCUGUUGACUUGAGCACCUUAAAGUCGAAAGGAUGUCUGGUUGUGGCUUUAUUGUAAACAGCCUUAGGUAAAGAGGGGAGUAUAUCGGUUAGGAAGGUGAAAAAUGAUACUUCCAAGUUCAGUGGGAAACCCUGGGUUUAUCCCCCAGCUUAAGAAAGAAUGCCUAACAAUGUUUCAGAAUUAGAUUCUGUGGAAGGUGAGGGUGUUAGAACAGUCCAAAUUUGUUAUUGUAGACUUGCAGUGGGAGGAAUUUUUAAAUAUACAGAUCAGUCGACACUCAUUAACUUCACUGAUAAAGGUGGAAACGGAUGUGGCAACACUUCUAAGUUCAUUUGUAUAUGUUUGUAAUUUGAUUGGUUGUAUUCUGUUGCACUCUAGAAUUUGAAGGCAAGGUUACCUCUGCUUUUUAAUUUUUUUUUUUUUAAAGAAAGAAAAAACACUGAAAGAAACUUCAAAAGAUCUGUUAAUGCUAAUACCUGAAUGUGGCAUUUAACAUGUCAUGGAAACUGCUUUGAAUAAAUACUUGAGAAAAGGAAUGAAAUAAUUGCCGUUUUUGUUGUUGAGUGAAUGGGUGUGGUUUAAUGAGCGUAAUCAUUUUUAUAAAACAGCUGUGAGACUGAAGUGGAAUCCUUAUUAAAUGUGGAAAAUGGCCUUUGAGGAUUACAGUAGAGAUUCAACUAAGAGAGUAAAUAAAGCUUGAAACUAAUUCGUUGUAAAUUGCUUCUACAAUCAUUGCUCUAUAUAGCAUGCUAUUGCCAAUCAGUUUUAUGUAUUAAGACCUAUCAGCAUGUCUUUUUUAGGUUGACCUCAUUUUAAAUUAUAAGAUGCUCUCUGUACCGUUUUAACAUUUCCAGGAUUUAUUCUUUCUAGGCAAAUUCCACUGGACUGUUUCCAUUGUAGAAGCUUCCUUAUAGAUUCUUCAAAUGAAGCUUACAGUGUGCUUUCUUGGGGUUUUGAUUUGCACUAAAUUUUAUUUUCUGAAAGAUCACUUAUGUUUAUAAUGUAGUGCUUUGUCUUAACAAUUAAACUUUCCAGCACUCAUGCA